AUGGAUAAACCUAGAGAGUGUCAUGUGUCUACUUUGGUGAAUGACUUUCGCUGGCAUGUUCGGUGUCUCUCCUGCAGUGUCUGCAGAACCUCCUUAGGAAGGCAUACCAGUUGUUAUAUUAAAGACAAGGACAUUUUCUGCAAACUUGAUUAUUUCAGAAGGUAUGGAACUCGCUGCUCUCGCUGUGGGAGGCACAUCCAUUCUACUGACUGGGUCCGGCGGGCCAAGGGCAAUGUCUAUCACUUGGCGUGCUUUGCCUGUUUUUCUUGCAAAAGGCAACUUUCCACGGGAGAGGAGUUUGCUUUGGUGGAAGAGAAAGUCCUGUGCAGAGUGCAUUAUGACUGCAUGCUGGAUAAUUUAAAAAGAGAAGUGGAAAAUGGCAACGGGAUUAGUGUGGAAGGUGCCCUCCUCACAGAGCAAGAUGUUAAUCAUCCAAAACCAGCAAAAAGGGCUCGGACCAGCUUUACGGCAGAUCAGCUCCAGGUGAUGCAGGCACAGUUUGCUCAGGACAACAACCCAGAUGCCCAGACCCUCCAGAAACUGGCAGAAAGGACAGGCUUGAGCAGACGGGUGAUACAGGUGUGGUUUCAGAAUUGUAGAGCACGCCACAAGAAACAUGUCAGUCCCAACCACUUCUCCUCUGCCCCAGUCACAUCUGUCCCACCCUCCAGGCUGUCUCCGCCCAUGUUAGAAGAAAUGGCGUAUUCUGCCUACGUGCCCCAAGACGGGACGAUGUUAACUGCGCUGCAUAGUUAUAUGGAUGCUCAUUCACCAACAACUCUUGGACUCCAGCCCUGGUUACCCCAUUCAAUGACACAACUGCCAAUAAGUCAUACCUAA